AUUGUGCAAGAUGACCCAAUGAGAGAGAAGGCCGCGUGUUUCGUAGUACGAAUAUAUGAAGGUAAGGUUGGCGCAGUAGAAGUUUAGUUUUAGCUUUCAGUUCAAUUCACUGCCGAGGCUUGUACUUAAAGCUUCACAUCACCACCUACCCCCACUUCCCAAGCCAAGUCAGAGCUCAAGAACCCUUUCUCUUCACGGCCAGUCCUCAAGAAACAUAUUCCGGAUAUUGUGCCACACGACACAAUGAAAUUCUCCAUCGCUGCCAUUGCGGCUCUCGCCGCCCCAGUCAUUGCGCAGGGAAAUUCUGCUUUCUCUUCCGUCUUCGCUUCGCUUUCCUCCGCCGGUCAACUUCCGUCCAACGGCCGCUUCUCUUCAAAUGGCGCUGUCUUCUCUUCCAUCUUCUCUUCUCUUGUGUCCAAUGGUCAAAUUCCCAGCACACUGACAACCGCCGCGCCAAACCCAACCAACGGCCCCUGGGGUCCUGGCAAUGGUCCUUGGGGACCAGGAGGUCCUGGAGGUCCUGGCGGCUCCAGGUCCGGCAAAUGGGGCGGCCCUGAUGGCUGGGGUCCCUGGGGAACCAGUAACUGGGGACCAUGGAGCUACUGGUCGACGAACUCUGCCUGGAGAACUGGAGACUGGACGUCAUGGUGGGGAGCAUCUGGCUGCCCGAAUUCAGACUGGCCUGGCUGGACUGCGGGUCCAUGGUCUACUGCUGCCCCAUGGACGAGCUGGAAGGGCUGCACGGCCAGCACGACUGGCUCAAGCACCUACACGACCACGGUUUCUGGCUCGGUCAUCACUACGACAGCGUAUGGUGUCCAAGUUGCGCAAGCAACCAAUGGAGCUACCAAUGGAGCUUCCGGCACUGCUGCUGCUGGCUCAACCGGUGCGGCAGCGCCUAUGAAGACAGCAGGCGCUGGUCUAGCGGUUGGUGCUGCUAUGCUUGGAUUCGCAGCUGCGUUGUAACGGGCUCGAUUCAUUGAUAUACCCUUGGCGUGUUGGCUGUUAGGGAUAGAAGACGAGUAUCCUUCUAGUUGUCUUAAUUCGCUGGUUGCAUAGCAUGGGGGUGUAAUACGUUCUCUAUCUAAAUUGGGAUGCACUUUUGGCGUUGGCGGGUUGGGGUGUCGAGCAUGUACUGCAGAUACAUUCGUUCCAUGAUGUACGACUAUGAAUUAUACUUGCAGCUUUCUAUUAUCGCUAUAAAUUGUAGCUGUUAAUAUUCACGCCUAUAUCGAUGCUAGGGUUUUAA